AUGGCGAUGGCGAUCUCCGACCUGUUCGUGCUUAUCUUUCAUGUGGUGCUCCGAGAAAUCUACAUUUAUUACACACCUAACUCCUUUCUCUCCCUCAGCGCGGUGUGUCCAUCAUACGUACACUUGCGGGCACUCACCCUGGAUUACUCCGUCUGGUUAACCGUGUCCUUUACCUUUGACCGUUUUGUCAGCAUUUGCUGUCCGCAACUAAGACUCAGAUAUUGCACGGAGAGGACGGCCACCGUGGUUAUUGUGACUUUGUGCGCUCUGAGCUGUUUAAAGUAUAUCCCCUUUCAGUUUAUGUACGAGCCUCGCUACGUCAUGGAUUAUGUGUACUGGGGAUGUCGGCCAAGAUCCGCCUACUUCACCUCCAACUGGUGGGUGGCUUUCACGUGGAUGACCAGCAUCUCUCUGUCCUUGCUCCCCUUCGCUGUAAUUCUUCUCCUGAACGGGCUGACGGUCAGGAACAUCGUAGCGGCCAGCCGGGCUCGUCGGCGCCUGAAGGGACAGGAUGGCAAGGAUAGUGAGGCAGAGAGCCGGCGCAAGUCCAUCGUCCUACUCUUCACCGUGUCGGGCACUUCCAUACUCCUCUGGACGACGGCAACCGUGACCUUCAUCUGUACUCGAGUCACAGUCAAUUUUGUGAGCAACGAUCUCACAAAUCCAUCGGCUGUCGCCAAUGAGGUGGGGAUUUUGCUCAUACGUGUCAGCGCCGGUGCCAACACGUGUAUCUACGCAAUGACCCAACGCAAGUUCAGGCAGGAGUUGAAGACCGUGAUUAAAAAUCUAACUCGGUGUAUCAGUAGACCCAUGAAACUGACGCGGCUGUCGCCUUAA